GUGCUCUCGGCGGAGAGUUAGAGGAGUUGCCGAGCCCGGUUCUGGUGGCAGCGGGGCGCGGAGCUGGGUGCGCGCCGAGCCUCUGCCUCCCGCCGCCUCCUCGCCCUCCAUUCCGCUCUCCCCGCCUUCCCCGGGCCUUGCCGCUGCCAUCGCCUCCCUGGGAACGGUAGCCGGGGGCGAGGGGCUGGCGCGGCCGGAGCGGGCGGGGAGGCGCGGGGCGCCAGGGCGUAGAGGCGAGCGCGCCCGGCCCUGCCCGGGAUCAGAUAACAGCCGGCGGGGGAGGGGGUGGGCCGGCCGCGCUCCCAGCCGGACGGAGGGACGGACGCCAGCCGCGCCGGCCAGAGCGAGCGCCCCGCGGCCGGGGGCGCCGUCCAGGCGCGCGCCCCCGACCCGUGGCUGAACCGGGGAGAUCGGCGCCCCACACUGACGCGCCCCUUGGCAUGGAGCGCCCCCGGGGGCUGCCCUGAGGCGGCGGCGGCGAUGCAGCCAGCGCGGCGGCUGCCGGGGCCAGGAACGGCCGCCCGGAGCUCGGAGGACGCGGAGCGCGCCGCGCCCGGGGCACUGACCGAGGGUCUUCUAGCAACUGCUUCCUCUCCAGCUGGUGCCUGGGAAAUGGCAACUGCUGCUAACACAGACUUGAAGACAGCCACUUGCCCCCUCAGCACCGUUACUUAGAAGAUAGGAUUCAAGAGGCCUCGAGCCGCUCAGAGCCCCAGUUGGAGCAGCCAUGACCCGCUGGACAUCCCUCCAGGCCUCCAGGCCACAUAAACCUGCCCCCUGCGAUCCGGUGGCCUCCCGCCGGCAUCUAAGUACCCCGAGCCUGGCCACCUGUGCCUGGAGGGGCCAGGAACCCGGGGCUGAGCCAUCUUCUCGGCGCAGUCUCCGGGGUCCCCACAAUCGCCGGCUCCCUGCCUCCUGGGCUGGGCAGAAGCAGCAUCCACCAUUACAGCCUCAGGCCUCAGCUCCUCAGACCCAUGGAGACGCCCCACCCGGAGCCGGCCUGGGGGCGAGCCAGGGCCCCCCCACCCCCGGGAUGACCUCGGCCGGCAGGGCCAACCCCUACAGUAUCGUGUCAUCAGAGGAGGACGGGCUGCACCUGGUCACCAUGUCGGGCGCCAACGGCUUCGGCAACGGCAAGGUGCACACGCGGCGCAGGUGCCGGAACCGCUUCGUCAAGAAGAACGGCCAGUGCAACAUUGAGUUCGCCAACAUGGAUGAGAAGUCGCAGCGCUACCUGGCCGACAUGUUCACCACGUGCGUGGACAUCCGCUGGCGCUACAUGCUGCUCAUCUUCUCGCUGGCCUUCCUCGCCUCCUGGCUGCUGUUCGGUGUCAUCUUCUGGGUCAUCGCCGUGGCCCACGGCGACCUGGAGCCGGCAGAGGGCCGCGGCCGCACGCCCUGCGUGAUGCAGGUCCACGGCUUCAUGGCGGCCUUCCUCUUCUCCAUCGAGACGCAGACCACCAUCGGCUACGGGCUGCGCUGUGUGACCGAGGAGUGCCCCGUGGCCGUCUUCAUGGUGGUGGCGCAGUCCAUCGUGGGCUGCAUCAUCGACUCCUUCAUGAUCGGCGCCAUCAUGGCCAAGAUGGCUCGGCCCAAGAAGCGGGCACAGACGCUGCUGUUCAGUCACAACGCCGUGGUGGCCCUGCGCGACGGCAAGCUCUGCCUCAUGUGGCGCGUGGGCAACCUGCGUAAGAGCCACAUCGUGGAGGCCCACGUGCGGGCCCAGCUCAUCAAGCCGAGGGUCACCGAGGAGGGCGAGUACAUCCCACUGGACCAGAUCGACAUCGAUGUCGGCUUCGACAAGGGCCUCGACCGCAUCUUCCUCGUGUCACCCAUCACCAUCCUGCACGAGAUCGACGAGGCCAGCCCGCUGUUUGGCAUCAGCCGGCAGGACCUGGAGACAGAUGACUUCGAGAUCGUGGUCAUCCUGGAGGGCAUGGUGGAGGCCACGGCCAUGACCACGCAGGCCCGCAGCUCCUACCUGGCCAACGAGAUCCUGUGGGGCCACCGCUUUGAGCCUGUCCUCUUUGAGGAGAAGAACCAGUACAAGAUCGACUACUCCCACUUCCACAAGACCUACGAGGUGCCCUCCACACCCCGCUGCAGCGCCAAGGACCUGGUGGAGAACAAAUUCCUGCUUCCCAGUGCCAACUCCUUCUGUUACGAGAACGAGCUGGCCUUUCUGAGCCGUGAUGAGGAGGACGAGGCAGACGGAGACCAGGAUGGCCGCAGCCCCCAGGCCCGGCAUGACUUUGAUAGACCCCAGGCCGGUGGCGGUGGCGGUGGCGGCGGCGGCGGCCUCGAGCAGCGGCCCUACAGACGGGAGUCAGAGAUCUGAGCCGCCAUCGGCCAACAUGCAGCAUCCGCCCCGCCAGGGAGAGGCCCGGCGUCCCGCAAGGGCCCCGGGUUUGAGCAGAACGGGCCAGGUGCCCCGGUUGCAGACUCAGUAGCGUUUUAGAUGUUUUAUGUUUCUUCACAGUGGCCUGGCAAGGUUGGCGGGAGAGUGGGCGGCCAGUGGGCUGCCCCUGGCCUCAGGGGCCAGAGCAGGUGCAGGGACAGGGAGGUGGCCUCUCGGGGUCCAGGCCAGGAGCCGGGGGCUUCUGCCUGAGGCUAGAACUGCAGCCUGCCUGGAAACGGCUCCACAGCCACCCAGCCUCUGUGGGCGAAGGCUGGCAGGCUGCAGUGCGCCUCGCUGGUUUUUAACUUGGGGAGAAACACCAGUUUUGGCUUUCUCAACCUUAGCUUGAGUAAGACUGUUUACAAAAAAAAAAUAAUAAUAAUAACACGUGAUUGAAAACAAUUUACUUUGUGGGGGUUAUAAGAAAGGACAGUUAGAAUCCCACUAGUCUGCUGAGAUGGAAGCAGUCAGAUGGAGGCUCCACGAGGUUCCCUGAGGCCGAACAGGCCUCUCCUCUGCGAAGGCGGGUGCGUGCCGGGCGGCACAUCCGCAAGGGCGAGCGCGGUGCCCACCCGUGGUUCUUCAUGCUCACGGGCGCGUUAGAUGACGUUUGCGAUAGAAAACCAAGACCAUGUGAAUGACCGUAAUAAAAGCUUUCCGGUAGAGGUGGUACGGGUAGGGGCUGGGAAAAAACCAGUUUGAGCUUUUUGAGUUUGACUUUUGUACCUUAGAGGUGCGUCUCAGGGCUGGAUAUGGGAUCUGCCUGCCGUGGAGGGUCCGCUCUCCCCCCACCCGCCAGAUUUUCCUGUUUUACUUUUCUCUCCUUUUCUGCCCAGUAGCCCCCACCCCUUCCACAGUGAGGGAUACUUGGAAAACGUUGGAGGAGAUGGCCCCGUGGGAAGGGAGGCCGGGUUCCCAGACUACAAGGAAGCAGAUCAGCCCCGUUCCCACGGGACCCCAGUGAGUCGUGCCUUAGAGACCCGGGUGGGCCAGCUCCGGUUGUUUCUGUUCUUAUCAGACUCGCCCCUCCUCCCAGCCGCCCCUGACUCCACCGUGAAGUCCCCACCAGCCUGUCUGCAGAGGCUGGGCCGUCCUGGUGCUCUCUGCACACCUGGGGCAGCACGGGCUGUACUCUGCUGCUGAACGGCAGAGGAAUCGUCUUAGAAAAGGUGUGGCAUCGUCAGCAGAGAUGACUGAGGGUGGCACAUGCAUCCAGGCACCCUCGUCAGGAAGGGGUUUGGGGCACUGGGCUCUGUUGGCCCAGAGCAGGCCCCUGGACCAGGAGCUGCCCAGUGUGGGCUUGCUCUUGGUGGAGGACACAGAUGGCAGAGAUGGAGCUGGGGCCCUUUCCAGGACAGCUGAGAAUGUUGUCCUCCCAAAUAACCAGGCCUGGAAGGAAGUCCUUAAUUAGAAAGCCCAUGUGUGUCUCCCCAGCCUGCCUGUCUAGGCCACUCCAAUCCGCGUCCCCCAAGACAGCCAGGCACCAAGGACUCUGGCCCAAGUGGGGAAACAGGUAGGGUGCAAGGUCACCCAGUGAGUGGGUGGGUCCUGGGAGGCAGGGAGAGGCCGGGGCGGGGGGGGGGGGGGCUGGGCUGGGGGCCCUUGCCUUUUCUCUCCUUCUCCAGCCCCCCAGGGAAGCCGGAGACCUGGCCUGCAGUCAGAGGCCAUGGAGGGUCUGUGCACGAGCUGUCAGUUCCCACCCAUAGACACCCUGGGCCCGUGCCCUCAGGUGCGCCUGACUCCUAGCAUCCUGCCCUAGCCUCAGGCCCCACCCUCAUUUCUGGCUGGGAUGAUUCAGGCCGCGGAGGCAGCUCUUUCCUCUCAGGAUCUGCUGGAGGGACCUCAGCUCCUUCUCAGCCCAGGGCCUGGCUUCCAGAGCCGGCUUUCUCCAUUUGAGCCCUGGGGCUCGAGGGUGGAGUUGAUGCGGGAGGGCUUACCUACCCACCCCCGCCCAGGUUGUCAGGGAGCCAGGGAGGGACGAGGUGGUCCUGGUCACUUGGGGCUGGCAUAGGAGCCUGCAUUCUGCUGUGCCCAGUAGCUGGAGAUCUUUCCCGGGCCGGGUGUGUCCGGCUUCCGCUCCCACCCUCCGGAGCAGGGGCCAGGGACUCUGGGUUCCCCCCAGGCCCUAGCCACCUCGGCUUGGUGCGCCUCCUCUCAGGCCUGUCCCCCUCCCGGGCCCACACCGGAUGGUUCAGCCCCAGACCCUGCGGGAGAGCAGCCCUGAUCUGCCUUUCAUCUCUUGCCAAAGGCAGAUGCUGCGUUUUCAAACUCUUCUGCCCUCUUUUUUUUUCCUCCCCUGUAUUUAUUUAUUUAUUUAUUGCUUGUGCUAAAGACCAAAAUAGUCUCCCUCUCUAGUGCACUUGAAACGGGAGGGUGGAUGGGAGGAGCCGUGUGUGUGCAGAGCAAGGAUUACGUGGUCCCUGGGAGUGUGUGCCGCGUGUGUGUGUGUGUGCGUGUGCCACCCAUGUUUGUGCAUGUGUGUGUGGCAUGUGGCAAGCACGUCAGUCCUCUGAGUGUGCCACAUGCCGUGCGUGGUGUGUGUGCUGAGCACAGGUGAGUGGGGAGCGUUUGUGCCCGUGUGUGUGGUCCGUGUGCCGUGCAGGUGUGCGUACCAAUCCGGUCCCUCCCUUGCCUUCCCCGGCACUGAGAUCUCCAAGGGGUUUCUUGACAGCCUGAACUAGGAGGUGUGGGGGUUGCAGUUGGCCCAGAAUGUGGCCUCUGACACCCUCCCGCCUGAGACACCGAGCCGCUUGUGUGGGAAAGGGGCCGUGCUGGCAGUGUGCUCAGGAGCGUGAGUGUGUGAGCCCCGAGUGUGGGAACUGACGUGGACAAUCAUCCCAUCUCAUCUCUGUUCAAGCAGACGUGUGCAGUCAUAGCUUUGCCUGAGUGCCCGGGUGUGCGGAUUCACCCCGUCAUGGGAGCGCCGUACAGGUGUGUGCGCAGGGCGAUCUCCACACGUGUGUGAAUCCGGGCUGAUGGCAUCCAUGCGGGAUGUGUACGCAUGCGUAUGCAGAUACACGCAGAGACUCGUGUGUGCGUUUACCCGUAGGCGUGGUUGUGGGUGUGCGUUCCAUACGUGGGCAUUGGUUUAACUGUUAGCCAGGCUGGAAGGCUGGGGACGCGCCGCCCAGGACGGAUGCCGGCUCUGGACGUGGGCACAUAGCUGAACGCAGUAGUCCUGCUGACCCCCUGCCCUGAUUGUGUCCGGAGGGGAAUGUGUGGAAUGUGCGUGCCGGAGGCUCCGAGGCAGUGUCUUCGUGUGUGCGUGAGUACAUGGCAUCCAAGGAUGGCCUAUGCGUGUGUGCAUUUGUCCCAGUGAACACGUAUGCACGUGUGGAGCAUUUGCGUGGCAGCUGGGCCAGGCUCUGUGAGCAGGGCUGGCGCCUGCCUGCUGGGGGCAGCGUGUAUGGGCACGUGUGAGCAUGUGCAGGUCCCAGGGGUGUGUGCACACGGAUGUCAGUGGAAAUGGUGUGUCUGUGCACGCUCGUGCGUGCUGCUAGGAACAUGCUGGCCGCCCCCCCGUGCCCUGCUGGUGCUGUGCCGCCCCGUCCCCGCCUGCUGAGGGUCCCGGUGGGGGCCGGGGGGGCGGGAGCGGGGUCCUGAUGGGAAGGAGGCCCCUGCACAGGGGUGUCUGCCCUGCGUGAGGUCAUAGAAUGUCAAAUCUAUUUUAAAUGGUGAAACUGGAGAAUUUUCAUGUUAUUUUCAAUACAUAGCAGUAUCUAAAGACAUAGGCCACGAGACUAGACCACAUUAAAUGCAUUUUGAUCUCUUUGA